AUGGCGACAAAGACGGACCUCACCUGCCCUAUGCAGACACUGGAUUUUGUGUCACUAGCAUGGGUGAUACCAGUUCUCUUAUGCAGAGCAUCAUAUGAUUUCGGCAAAAGGUUUUUCAAGUCGCACCCGAUGGGUUUGCUCCAUUGGCGCCAAAAACUAGCGACGUCUUUUCUCUACGCGACGCGGGUCACGCUCAACCAGCGAAUGAAGUACGCCGCCAACACGCGCAAGACGACGGGGGAGCAGGUCAGCGAGUACUGUGUCGCGCGCGGUAUUGCGCACGACAAGGUUGUGGUUUCGAUGCCUACGUCAAGCUCCUUUCCGCCACCCAACCUGCACCUUGUUUCGUGUCCGGACGCUGUAGCUGACGGGCCAACGGUGCUGUUUGUCCAUGGGGGUGGCUACCUCUAUCCCAUGGUCGGCGAAUGCCACAUUCCCCUGGCGCUGCACAUGGGCCGCUCUAGCAAGGCGAAACAAGUGGCCUAUCUGGAGUAUACCCUCACUUCCAGCCUGCAGUACCCUGGCCAGCUCGCACAGAUUGCGCAAGCCGUCGCGCAAUUAUUGAAGCAGGGCGUGCGAUCGUCGGAUUUAAUCAUUGCGGGGGACAGCGCGGGCGGACACUUGGUGGCUGGUCUGCUUGCGCACAUGCAACAACCAUGUCCUCUGGUCGAGCCAAUCGACUUGAAGGGCCAGCAGAUUCGGGCCGUUGUUCUGCUCUCGCCGUGGGUCGACAUGACGCUGACGGACACGUACGGGGCGGCCAACGAAGCAUAUGAUGUACUGUCGCAGGGCCAGCUGCGCGACUGUGGGAGGCUGCUGGGGACGACGAGUCGUCCGGGCAGUCUCUGGCUGGAGCCGCUGCGGGCCAAGGAGGGAAAGGCGGUGCUCCUCCAAGCGCUGGCGGGGGCUGGAGACGGUGCGCAGCCUAUUGCUGGCAAAGUCCUGAUUACGGCCGGCGAGCGAGAGGUUCUCUUCGAGAGCUGCGUCGACUUUGCAGAGGGCUUCACCGGCGCGAGGACGGUUGUGAUGGAUGCCAAGGGACGGCGGACGAUACGAGAUGUGGUCGAAGAGGAGGCGUGUGUGUUUGCGAUUGGACCGGGGGAAGUGCAUGUGCAGUCGGGGAUUGAUGUUGCUACGGGAUAUGAUGAGGGGGCGACCAUGGUUGCUUUGUCGGCGUUUCUGGAGGCAUUAUAG